AUGACUUCAGUUGAGCAGCCUUCGUCCAUUACAAAUACUAAUACUGCUAGUAUUGAUGAUACUUCCAGCACCAAGAAGAAUUGGCGCGGUUUUUCUCUUCAAGGCGAAAAUCAUACAGCAAAUGCUGACUACCCAGACCGUAUAACUGGCCCUUCAGCUUGGAGCGGCAAAGAACUCCAGCAACAACCUGAAAAGUGGAUCUAUCGCUUUACUCCUGAGGAUAUAGCCGACAUCGACCAAGCACUCAAGCAUUUCCUUUCACUCAAUCUACCUUUAGGACAGAUUAGACCUGACACUUUCCCCCUCAAAACUUUCCAUCAAGUGAUUGCAAAAGAGCGUGAAAAUCUGUUCAAUGGUUUGGGAUUCGGUCUUCUCCGUGGUUUUCCGAUUCUGAAUUAUGAUCGCAAAGAACAAGUAGCGAUUUUCAUGGGUAUUGGUUCGUAUAUCGGUAUUCGUAAGCCUCAAAAUGCUAAAGGGCAUGUACUAGGCCAUGUCAAGGACCUGACAGAAAACUCAACAACAAAGGCUGUUUAUAAAGAGGAUGACCCAACCACACGUAUUUACGCUACGCGAAGAGCCCAACCUUUUCACGUAGACGGUACUGAUGUAGUUGGUUUACUUUGUUUAUCAGAAGGCCAUGAAGGCGGCUUAAGCUCUAUCAUUUCAUCGCACACUGUUUAUAACCGUUUACGAGAAGAUCGUCCAGAUAUAGUUGAAUUGAUGAAGCAGCCAUGGCUUUGGGAUCGUAAAAAUGAACAAGGCCCCGAUGAAAAGCCUUAUUUGUCAGCAUCUCCAUUAACUUACUACAAAGGCCACCUGUUUACCUUUUGGGGUCCACAUUUUUUCGAAACAGUGAAUCGUUUUCCUGAGGUGACCAUGGAAGAAGAAAAGUUCGAAGCCAUGCGUUAUAUUCAAGAAUUGUGUGAACGUGAGGCGCUGAACAUGAAACUGGAAGUCGGCGACAUGCAAUUUGUUCAAAACUAUCAAAUAUUACAUGCUCGUACUGCUUAUACUGAUAUUCCUGGUGCUACUCGUCACUUACUACGACUAUGGCUUCUUGUGGAUGACAAGGAAGUUGGAUGGGAAAUGCCUUUUGGUACAGAUGAUUAUAAUUAUAGUUUCAAACAUGUAAGGGAGGAAGUUGUACCUCUCGAAGCAGAAUAA